CCCGUGCCUGACGGGCAGAGGACCCCGGAGCGCAGGGGCCCCCGGGCGACCGAGCCGAUGGCGUCCUCGGCCCCUUCUACAUCCGCUACCUCCUCCAACGCCGGAGCGGACCCCAAUACCGCCAACCUGCGCCCUACAACGUAUGACACCUGGUGUGGUGUGGCCCAUGGAUGCACAAAAAAACUGGGGCUCAAGAUUUGCGGCUUCUUGCAAAGGACCAACAGCCUGGAGGAGAAGAGCCGGCUUGUGAGCGCCUUCAAGGACAGGCAGUCCUCCAAGAACCUGAUUGCCUGUGAGAACAGCGACAGGGACGGCCGCUUCAGGCGCACGGAGACCGACUUCUCCAACCUGUUCGCUCGAGAUCUGCUUCCGGCUAAAAAUGGAGAGGAGCAAACUGUGCAGUUCCUCCUGGAGGUGGUGGACAUCCUCCUCAAUUAUGUCCGCAAGACGUUUGAUCGUUCCACCAAGGUGCUGGACUUCCAUCACCCACACCAGCUGCUGGAAGGCAUGGAGGGCUUCAACCUGGAGCUCUCUGACCACCCCGAGUCCCUGGAGCAGAUCCUGGUUGACUGCAGAGACACCCUGAAGUAUGGGGUCCGCACAGGUCAUCCUCGAUUUUUCAACCAGCUCUCCACUGGACUGGAUAUCAUUGGACUAGCCGGUGAAUGGCUGACAUCAACUGCCAAUACCAACAUGCCAUCAGACAUGAGGGAGUGUUGGUUGCUACGGUGAUGGGGCUCAGAGCAGAACCAAAGCAUGAUUGUGACCUCCAGAGGUGAUGGUAACUGAACACAUGAUUUCCAAGGGUCUUCCUCCUAAAUUUCAAGGGUCCUCCUAAGGAAAAUGGACAUACUCUUUUUGGAAACAAAAUUCUUCUACCAACA